AUUUAAGAAGAAAAGAUAUUUUAUUAAAAAUACAAGCUGAAAUAGGAUCACUAUUUUUAUAUUACGAUUAUUUCUUACAUGAUUGAUGCAGAUACGCAAACACUAUUAUCUAUAGCUAUUUUAACAACUUUAUAAAUCGCUUAUAAAUCAUAAAUAAAAUAUACGAAGAGACUAUAAAAGAUUGCAAUUCAAUAUAAAAAUUAGACAAAAUUUGCGGAAAGAUCGAAAACGAUUUAAUUUCUCAGAAUGUUAAAACUAUUUAAAACCAAGUUUUUGAUGUUUAAAAGAUUAUUUAUUCCUAGAACACGUACCUCUACUGCCAAUAAAAAACUCUUAUUUGUUGAGUUAAUCAGCAGCGAUCUUAGAUUUGUACUGAAGGACAGAGUAUCUCUUUUAGGUACUCCUCUGACCACUAUCGACUUUUGUCUUCGGAAUUUCUUUUCUUUUUUUUCUUUGAUGCGAAUGACGACGACCACAACGAUGAAAUCCUCGGCCUUCGGUUACAACUCUGUCUCUGAAACCCUUUUCUUUUCCCCGCUCUCCUCGUGCCUUCAUAUCCUCGCUGCCUAUCUUCGCUUCCAUCAGGCGGCCGCUAUCUCUAUAUAAGAAAGCGAUCGUCGAGGACGGUCCGAAAGCGCGGAUCAUCUCGCGUCAGUCAACAAGCACAGUGUGCUAAUAGUCGCUGCUUCUUGCGGAUCGACAGCAACGUGUCACCAAGAUGUUCGCGGGAGUCUCGUGGGUUGCCGCAGCGACAUUCGCACUACUUUGUGUUUCUAUUUAUGCUCAACAACCCAAUCAGCAACUCGUUUCGCAGCUCUGCUUAGGCUGUAUAUGCGAAGUUACGUCGGGAUGUAACACAACCAUCGGCUGCUUUGAUUCAGUAUGCGGACCUUUCGCUAUAACAUGGGGCUAUUGGUCUGAUGCUGGCAAACCAACACUAAACAACGAACCAAGCACUAACGAUGGUGCCUACGCUCGAUGUGUCAAUGAUCCUUAUUGCGCCGCUGAUACGAUACAAGGCUACAUGGCCAAAUUCGGUCAGGAUUGCACUGGAAAUGGAGCGAUUGACUGCGACGAUUACGUGCGUAUCCAUCGAUUGGGCGGAUACGGCUGCACAGGUCCACUAGACGGCAAAUACGAGAGUAAAUAUAAGUUAUGUAUGCAAACCUUUGGACGACAAUAAUAUAUAUAUAUAUAUUGACAUUACAUUUGAUAAUACAUCUGAUAUGAUUAUUUAAUAAAGACUAUUUGUAUAUCUGUCAC